AUGAUAAACCCAUCCAACCAAACUGUCAUCUCUUCCUCCUGUGGCAGCGGCGAUGUUGUUUUCCGGCAAGUCUUCUUCUUGCCAGAGAUUCAAACAAUAGAGCUCAUUGUAUCUAUCAUUGUUUUCAUUGCCAUAAACUCAAUUAGGCAGAGAAAACAACAUGGCCUACCCAUUUGGCCAAUCGUUGGCAUGUUACCUUCCUUGUUCCUAGCCGUUCGAUGUGACAUGUACGAAUGGAUCUCCGGUGUUCUCAGCCGUACAAACGGCACAUUUAGGUUCAAAGGUCCAUGGUUCACUACCCUCCAUUGUGUAGUCACUAGUGACCCACGUAACUUAGAACACCUUCUCAAGAGCAAAUUCACCAAUUUUCCUAAAGGGAAGUAUUUCAGAGAAGCCAUGAGAGAUUUACUCGGUGACGGAAUCUUUAAUUCUGACGACGAGGUUUGGCGUCGACAACGGAAAACGGCGAGUAUCGAGUUCCACUCGUCCGAGUUUCGUAAUUUAACUACUGAUUCAUUGUUUCAACUCGUUCAUUCUCGUCUCUUACCUGUUCUUGAGGACUCAAUCAAACAGUCUAUACCCAUAGACUUACAAGAUAUUCUCUUAAGGCUCACAUUUGAUAAUAUCUGUAUGAUAGCCUUCGGUGUCGACCCGGGUUGUCUCCGGCCCGGCUUGCCGGAGAUUCCUUUUGCUCAAGCUUUUGAGGAUGCAACAGAGAUGACCAUGCAAAGGUUUGUAACUCCAAUGACUUUAUGGAAAACUUUGAGGUUUUUCAAUUUGGGAAGUGAGAAGAAGUUGAAAAAUUCUAUAAGGGAAGUUGAUGAAUUCGCCGACGGAGUUAUUCGGGCUAGAAAGAAGGAGCUUUCUUUAUAUUCCGGCGAAAAUAAGCGGCGGUCCGACCUUCUAACGGUGUUUAUAGGCUCGAAAGAUGAUGAAGGGAAGCCGUUUUCGGAUAAAUUCUUGCGUGAUAUAUGCGUAAAUUUCAUACUUGCCGGCCGGGAUACGUCGUCGGUAGCAUUGAGCUGGUUUUUCUGGUUGAUUGAGAAGAAUCCGGAGAUUGAGGAGCGAAUUCUUGCUGAGAUUUGCAGGAUAAUUGGGGAGAGAAGGGAUUCUAAUAAUAAGGUUGAAGGUAGGGAGUCUCUUGUGUUCAAGCCAGAGGAAGUGAAGAAGAUGGAGUACUUGCAAGCAGCUCUAUCAGAGGCCCUUAGGUUGUACCCUUCUGUGCCAGUGGAUCAUAAGGAGGUUAUCGAAGACGAAGUGUUCCCUGACGGAACCGUGCUAAAGAAAGGAGAGAAGGUGAUCUAUGCAAUGUACGCAAUGGGCCGAAUGGAGAGCAUUUGGGGAAAGGAUUGCAGAGAAUUUAAGCCGGAAAGAUGGUUGAAAGAUGGGCGAUUUAUGAGUGAAUCAGCAUACAAGUUUACGGCUUUCAACGGAGGUCCGAGGCUGUGCUUAGGGAAGGAUUUUGCUUAUUAUCAGAUGAAAUUUGCCGCUGCAUCGAUCAUCUACCGUUAUCGGAUUAAGGUGGUGGAGAAUUACCCUGUGGUACCAAAGUUGGCACUAACCAUGUACAUGAAAUAUGGGUUGAAGGUGAUUCUAAGUAGGCGUGAUGAAACUGAGCUUGAGAAGUACUCAUCAAGCCCAUUCAUAAAUGUGUGAGAAAGAAUUAGUAGUAAUUGAUG